AUGGGUAUCAUAGAGAAGAUCAAGGAGAUAGAAGCCGAGAUGGCGAGGACUCAAAAGAAUAAAGCCACAGAAUAUCAUCUUGGGCAGCUCAAGGCUAAGAUAGCAAAAUUAAGGACACAGUUGUUGGAGCCUCCAAAGGGUUCUAGUGGAGCAGGAGAGGGUUUUGAAGUUACAAAGUUUGGCCAUGGACGUGUUGCUCUAAUAGGAUUUCCAAGUGUGGGAAAAUCAACUCUUCUAACUCUCCUGACUGGAACACAUUCAGAAGCUGCAUCAUAUGAGUUUACAACCCUUACGUGCAUUCCUGGGAUUAUUCACUACAAUGAUACUAAAAUUCAACUUCUUGAUCUUCCUGGAAUCAUUGAAGGUGCUUCAGAAGGCAAAGGACGAGGCAGGCAGGUCAUUGCUGUUUCAAAGUCAUCAGACAUUGUGUUGAUGGUGCUUGAUGCCUCAAAAAGUGAGGGGCAUCGGCAAAUAUUGACGAGAGAACUGGAAGCUGUUGGCUUGCGUUUGAACAAGAGGCCACCUCAAAUUUAUUUCAAAAAGAAAAAGACUGGGGGCAUUUCUUUCAAUAGCACCUGUGCCUUGACUCAUGUGGAUGAGAAGCUUUGCUACCAGAUCCUGCAUGAGUACAAAAUUCACAAUGCAGAGGUGUUAUUUCGUGAAGAUGCAACUGUGGAUGAUCUUAUUGAUGUCAUUGAGGGAAAUCGUAAAUACAUGAAGUGUAUCUAUGUUUACAAUAAGAUUGAUGUCAUUGGUAUUGAUGAUGUAGACAAACUAGCACGUCAACCAAAUUCAGUUGUCAUCAGCUGCAAUCUGAAGUUGAAUUUAGACAGGUUGCUGGCAAAGAUGUGGGAGGCAAUGGGGCUUGUGAGAGUGUAUACCAAACCACAAGGACAGCAGCCUGAUUUUACAGACCCCGUAGUCCUUUCUACUGAUAGGGGUGGCUGCUCAGUAGAGGACUUCUGCAAUCAUAUACACAGAAGUUUGAUCAAGGAUGUGAAGUAUGUUCUUGUAUGGGGAACUAGUGCAAGGCAUUACCCGCAGCACUGCGGGCUUUCCCAUGUUCUUCAUGAUGAAGAUGUAGUUCAGAUAGUGAAGAAAAAGGAGAAGGAAGAUGGUGGAAGAGGUCGAUUCAAGUCUCAUUCCACGGCUCCUGCACGAAUUUCUGACCGAGAAAAGAAGGCUCCUUUGAAAACAUAAUGUUCAACUAAUAUGCUCCUCCAUCCUCCCAUUUCAGAAUCAGUGAGUCAUUGCCAGCUGCUUGAUAGCAGAUAUGAUAUAAAGAUAUUAUUUAUAGGAAGGAGAUUCUUUCUGAGGUCAUCAACAAAUAUGGAGAUAUUAUGUCCUUGACUUUUAAGCCCAGUUUCAAGAAGAAAAUACAUGUUAUGCUUCGGUAUGUUGUUGAAGGCGACCUUGUUAGUGCUUGAAAAGUAGUAUCCUCAUCCUUUCGGUUGUUUUCAUUCUCCACCGGACUUGAGUUUGCUUUGUUAUUCUAUGCUGUUGAACCUACAAUUUUAUCUUGCAUUAUCAGGCUGCACUUUUCUGAUACUCAGAAAAUCAAGAUUCUGAACUUUUAUCUAAUUUGUGACUUAUGUCUCGAAUUCGUAACAUAAAUGGUCUGACUGAAGUCGCAUUUUUGUUA